AUGGUAGAAGGGCCGCACUGCGCAUACGACAGGGGUGUAUCAACGUUACUCGCGUACAUCGCAAUUUUGGAUGGUCGUCUCCGUUGGGUCAUUUCACGAGAAAAGUGAUCCCUCAUACGAAUGGCGAAUCGUUUGGUGUAGUUUUCCUGCUGAAUUUCACGUGUGCGUAUCACGCGGAUUGCUAGAAACACUAGUACACUUGCAGGGAAAAACACCGUGUUCGAGAUCGUUAUUUUUCAUAAAACAAUCGUACGACGUACUGUGCGAACGGUUAUAUAAUUUUUGUAUCUGUUAAGAGAUUAAGACGAUUUUACCGUGAGAAUUACGUAUACGAAACGAUCGUUUGUAAAUGAUCUGUGCGAUCACGCACAGAAGAUCUUGUAAACCUUAGAUUUACAAUUUCUGUCUCUUGACGCAUGCCUCUCGAACAUUUGAAAUUAUUUUUAAAUCGAACGAGAUACUAUAUAUCACGCGUUACGAUAAAUACGUAGUAGUAAUUUUUCAUUACAUGAAUAUGUGUACAUAUAUUAUAUACAUAUUGCACAUGAAAUUGACUACUACUAAAUAUAUAUUGUUGUCAUUUGAAAAAUUUCUGUAGUAAUUAAUUUGGAAAUAAAAAGCAAUACGCAUGAAUUUAAAAGCUGUGUAUAAAAAUGUAGAAUAUUGCUAUGUAGUCGUGCUUUCAGUAUUUGUAUUUAUCGUAAUGACAACGAAAUUUGACUAGAAUAUCAAUUAAAUUGUCGUGUCAGUUUCCGACUGAACGUUAUUGCCAAGUAGGAAAAAUAAAUUGACAAGAAAAUCAGUAAUUAAAUUUUGUCGAUCAUGGGCGAAUACUUGUGUUGACAGAACCGUCGUUGGAGCUUGCCAUGUGCCUUUAUAAUACGUUCCUGUCUGUAGUCGUCUGCUGUGACGCGGAACAAAAUGGCGUCGAGUAAUGAAGUGCCGGUAGAAAUCAACCAGAGUGGCAUGUGCACAGCAGGAAAUUCAGUAAGUUUUAUGCUGAAUAUUUUCAUAAAAUCGAAGAGAGAACGUAAUAGUUGCUGUUAAUAUAUUAAUAUCGCUACGAACCGCGUGCAAUAUUUCAUAAACCUUUAAAAGAGGAAUAUGUUUGAACGUCGUUUGUCAUAAUAGUAUCUCGGUGGUAUUAAGUAUCCUAAAAACAAAUUGAUUGGCCCGAUCUCAAUUUCCUACGUUCUCGAAAACGUGUCGUGAAGAAAUAUUUUUCAUUCGUUUCGAAAUCACAUAUUACGAUAUUGUUCGAAAGAAACUUAAGCUGUAUCCGACUGCAUAUAUGUACUACUCGUCACACGUCGUACAGAAAUAUGUGUGUGCGUGUAAAGAAUCUCGUCUGAUCAUUCGAUCUUAACAGACGCCAUUCGUUUUGGCGGGCACGUGUAUAUGUUUCUUUGGUAUCGGCCGGAACGAAGAUAUUUUCGACAAUUUCAGCAUCUUGAAAUCUUAGGUGUUACUGAUGAACAACAUUGUAAUUAAUGUUUAAUAAUAAUUCAAUUUUACUAUAUAUCCAAGUGAAAAAGAAAAUUUAUAUAUAUAUAUUAGUUUGAAAUAAUGAGAUCGUAUCACGUGUUUGUAGAUAAUUGUAGGUUCUUUUUUUACACACCACACGCACACACGCACACAUUAACAAUAAAUUAAUAUUAUCUACUGAGUAACAUUUUAACUAAAAAUAAUCAUUUUUUUUUAGUCUGUUUGGUAAAAUAAUGGUUUAAUAUUAUAUAGAAAUAAAUUUUUUAAGUAAUAAUGUCCUUUUAUUGAAUAAUAUAGUAAUAUUACGAUGUUUAGUUUUGUAUUAGUGCGUAUAUGUAUAAUUUAUUAUUAAUAUUAAUUUUGGCUUUUUGCAUUAUGUAGGUAUCAAAAAUGGAAUCCAUGGAAGUUACAGAAAAUAUCACUGCAUCAAACAAAGAUGCAGCACCAUCAUCUUGCAGAGAAUCUAUUUCUGUGGAUGAUAUGACUUCUAGAGAUUAUUAUUUCGACUCAUAUGCACAUUAUGGAAUUCAUGAAGAAAUGUUGAAAGACGAAGUGCGUACAGUGACUUACCGUAAUUCCAUGUAUCACAAUAAACACCUGUUCAAGGGAAAAACCGUUCUUGAUAUUGGGUGUGGAACUGGUAUACUUUCAAUGUUUGCUGCCAAAGCUGGAGCAGCUAGAGUUAUUGGUAUUGAGUGUUCUAAUAUCGUCGAAUAUGCAGAGAAGAUCGUUGAAGCAAAUCAAUUGUCUAAUGUCAUAACAAUACUUAAAGGAAAAGUUGAAGAAGUCUCACUGCCUGACGGCAUUGAGAAAGUUGAUAUAAUUAUUUCUGAAUGGAUGGGUUAUUGUUUAUUUUAUGAAUCAAUGUUAGAUACAGUGCUUUUUGCUAGAGAUAAAUGGCUUCGUGAAGAUGGAAUGUUAUUUCCUGACAAAGCAACUUUAUUUAUUUGCGGCAUUGAAGACAGACAAUAUAAAGACGAGAAGAUAAACUGGUGGGAUGAUGUAUAUGGAUUUGAUAUGAGUAGUAUAAGGAAAGUAGCGAUUAGUGAACCUCUAGUGGAUGUUGUGGACCCAAAACAAGUUGUUACAAAUGCAUGCCUCAUCAAAGAAGUUGAUUUAUACACAGUAACUAAGGCUGAUCUGGAAUUUUCAUCGCCAUUUACUUUACAAGUUCGUAGAAACGACUAUGUACAAGCACUAGUUACAUUCUUCAACAUCGAAUUCACCAAGUGCCACAAACGUAUAGGCUUCAGUACAGCACCAGAAGUACAGUAUACUCAUUGGAAACAAACUGUAUUCUACUUUGAUGAAUAUAUGACAGUUAAAAAAGGAGAAGAAAUAUACGGUGUAUUUUCAAUGAAGCCUAAUGCAAGGAAUUACAGAGAUCUGGAUUUCAGCAUUGAACUGGACUUCAAAGGAGAGUUGUGCCAAGUACACGAAACUAAUACUUAUCGUAUGCGCUGAUAUCUAUCAGAUUAUUCAUCCUCUUCCUUUUAUUUUCACAAUUCAUAACAUUAUAAUCAAAUAGAAAUCAAGACUUUAAUUAUCACUGAAUUAUAUUAGAUGAUUUAAUGAAAUUUAAUAGUACGGUACAAUGAAUGAUGUGAAUUAUUUAAAUGUUUUUAUUCUUUAAUUAUAAGAAAGUUAGAGGCUUCCUGCUUAAGAGUUAACAUAACGUCCAGAUUCUUUGUUAAUCUAGUAAGAAUUUGCAAUAUGAUGACCUACAGUUAAGAAAAAUAGGAUUGAUUACUUAAUCAUAAAUAGUGUACAUUUACAAGACAUUACUUUAUGUAAGUGUGUAUUAGAAAUAUGAAUAUAAUAAUUUCAUAAUUUUAUUUUUCUCUGUGACCAUUUUGUAUUGCAUAUUGUAAAUUUUUGUCUGUUCUAUGUAUAACUUAUAAUUUUGAACUAUUAAAUCAUUAUUGAUUUAAUAUUGUACAAGUUCAUCAAUUUGUUUAAAACAAUAUAUGUUUUAUUUACCACAUUUUUGUACCGUAUUCUUAAAACAGAUCCUUUUUUUCAAAUUUAUGGCCUGUAGACUACAUAUUACCAUAUUCUAAACAAUAAAAUAAUUUGAAACUGCUCAUUUAUAUUAUGUAUGACAAGUGAAAAAUUUAUAAUAUUAUAUUUUGUUAAUUUAAUAGUAAAUUGAAGCUUGUUGUUAGUACUAUUCAUUUUCAUCAAUACCUGUCUAUAAUUAUGCUCGAUAUUAAUAAUAUUCAUGUUACAUUCAUUAAAAAAAAUACUAAUAAUUUAAUUUUCACAUAACGUUUAUGUUAUUAAUAUUGCUAGUAUAAUAAUUUAUGACAUUAAAAUUUUUGUAAUGUUUUGAUAGAAUAUUAAGAAUUUCUAGUGAGUGCUAAAUUCAAUAUUCAAUUAAAUUAAUUAUAUAAAGUAUAUAAAAAUUUUAUAGCUAAAUAUUACUUGA